CCACCAUUUCGGUCCGUCUUGUUGGCCACGUCUGCUCGUCGAACUUUUCGGUGGAUUUGUAAUCAAUUUACAUCAGUCAGUCAGUGCUUCAACCGGAUACUUUAUACCGGGUUUCGGGUGUGGUAAUUUAGUUCGAAAGUGCAAAAUGUUCUCCGCGAAAGUGAUCACCGCGGUCGCUUUGGUGGUCGUUCUGGGUCUGCAGUCGGCGUUCGCCGGCGAAGCCGACGUCCUAGACCUGACCGAUAGCGAUUUCUCGGCCCGAGUCGCCGAAACGGAAACUACGCUGGUUAUGUUCUACGCACCAUGGUGCGGCCACUGCAAGAAACUGAAACCCGAAUAUGCCAAGGCAGCCGAGCUUCUGCGCGGAGAGGAUCCGCCGAUCGCUCUGGCUAAGGUUGAUUGUACGGAAGGUGGCAAGGAUACCUGCGGCAAGUUUUCCGUGUCCGGUUACCCUACGUUGAAGAUCUUCAAGAAUGGAGAAGUCUCCCAGGAGUACAGCGGUCCACGUGAGGCCAUCGGUAUUGCCAAGUACAUGAAAUCGAUCGUCGGACCAGCUUCCAAGGAUCUUCUUACAUUGGAGGCUUUCGAGGCGUUCCUGAAGGUGCAGGAAACCAGCGUUGUUGGUUUCUUCCAAAAGGAAUCGGACCUGAAGGGUGUCUUCCUGAAGUAUGCCGACAGCCAGCGUGAACGUCUGCGAUUCGGACACAGCAGCGCCAAGGAAGUGCUGGACAAGCAGGCUGAAACCGAUGCCAUCUAUCUGUUCCGUGCCAAGCAGCUGUCGAACAAGUUCGAACCGGACUUCGUCAAAUUCGACGGCAAGACCAAGGAAGAUUUGGCCACCUUUGUCAAGGAACACUUCCAAGGACUGGUUGGAGUUCGUACCCGUGAUAACCUGAACGAUUUCAAGAACCCGCUGGUCGUGGUUUACUACGUUGUCGAUUAUGUCAAGAACCCGAAGGGAACCAACUACUGGCGCAAUCGGGUACUGAAGGUCUCCAAGGAGUUUGUCGGACGUGUUAACUUUGCUGUCAGCGCCAAGGAUGACUUCCAGCACGAGCUGAAUGAGUACGGCUAUGACUACGUCGGUGACAAGCCACUGGUGCUGGCUCGUGAUGAAAAGAACCAGAAGUUCAUCAUGAAGGACGAAUUCUCAGUUGAAAACCUGCAGGCCUUCGCCACCGAACUGGAGGAAGGAUCCCUGGAACCGUACGUCAAGUCGGAACCCAUCCCAGAGAGCAACGAUGCUCCGGUCAAGGUUGCCGUUGGCAAGAACUUCGAAGAGCUCGUCAUGAACAACGGUGUUGAUACGCUGAUUGAGUUCUACGCUCCGUGGUGCGGACACUGCAAGAAGCUGACCCCAAUUUACGAGGAGGUGGCCGAAAAGUUGAAGGGCGAAGAUGUCGCCAUCGUGAAGAUGGAUGCCACCGCCAACGAUGUACCGCCGACGUUCGACGUCCGUGGAUUCCCGACGCUGUUCUGGCUGCCCAAGAACGAAAAGACCAGCCCACAGCGAUACGAGGGUGGUCGCGAAGUCGACGAUUUCCUGAGCUACAUCGCCAAGCACGCCACCGACGAGCUUAAGGGCUACGACCGCAAGGGCAAUGCCAAGAAAAUCGAACUGUAAUCUCACAGAGGCGACGAGCAUACUUGUAGAGGGGGGAUGAGACAACAGGACAAUACUUGUUCUGUAAAUCUCCAUGCGGGAGCGAAAUCAAGAAAACCUACCACUUCAUCUAUUUUGUUUUUUCCCGGACGUACUGAAAAACUGUAAAUUUUCAUUCCUAUUUGUCAAACUAUAGCUCAUGGUGUUUUUUUUUUUCAAGUUGAAAUUUGACCUACGACUUCCAUUUCAGUACUACCAUCAAAGCACAUUUUCCGUUAGUCUGUGUUAUAGCAAAAAAAAAAGUGAUUAAACAAAAGAAUGAUUACGAGAGCUAAAAUUUCCGCACUUUCGUGCAAACAAACGACAGAACGUGCAUUUAUGUUCAGUAUCUCAGACCAGCGUCUGGCCGUGGAAAUGUUUGGACAACAAAAAAGCAGGUACAAAACAUAUGAAGGAAGGACGCAAAACGCUUAGUAUGUCAACAACUGAGAGGCAUAUGUGGAAUACCAUUCGAAUUAACCACGUUUCUGAAAUUUAUACUUAGGUACAGUGGAUCAACAUUUAGUAAAGGGAGUUAAUUCUUUAUGUGGAUUAAUUUUGUCAAGAUCUUACAAAAGUUGAAUAAAGUUUCUAAUUUUUUUUUUAAGAUUAACUAAACGUAA